AUGGUGAUGGUACGGAUAAAUAAGAAGCACACUAGUGUACUGUUGGCGUUGUUGGCGAUCAUUGCCAUUUUUUGGGUGACGUUCGGCAUAGAUCAUGCUAAUACUGAUGAUAGCUACGGUCUCAACACCCUAAAAGAGACCAUCAGUUCAAGCUUAGGUGGAGGUAAUACAGGUACAGAGACUAAGAGUAAAGACCCAGCAUGGGAGGCAAAGCAAGCUAAGAUAUUAGAACAAACGAUAAUGCCAUCGAUGACUGAUGCAAAAGCUAAAAAGGAAUUGGGAAGAGCUUCCUGGAAAUAUUUCCACACUUUAUUGGCAAGAUUCCCUGAAAACCCUAAUGAGGAGGAACGCCAAAAACUGAAGACGUUUGUUCAAUUGUAUGCGGAAUUGUAUCCCUGUGGAGAGUGUUCGUACCAUUUUGUGAAGCUAAUAGAGAAGUACCCAGUGCAAACUUCUAGCAGAGAAGCAGCCGCUAUGUGGGGUUGUAGCGUUCAUAAUAUGGUCAAUACAGUUUUGAAGAAAAAGCAAUAUGAUUGUACGAAGAUUCUUGAGGAUUAUGAUUGUGGAUGUGGUCCUGAUACCAAACCAAAGACAUAG